AAUCAGCAGCCAAAGUUGGCCUCAAAAGCGCUUUACCAAAACUCCCAUCCUACAAAGUCAACAUUUCUCAUCGCUAUCAUAUGUUCUUGUCUUACAUCUUCUGGGAAUUGCUACCAUGUUUCCAAGAAUAUGUUUUUUUGCGCUAGAAUUUCAAUGAAGAUGUUUCACAGCUUUAGAAUCAACCGCACAAAGUUCCACAUCUUCUCCACUACCAUUCUUGCAGCCAUUGUUUUUGUUAUCAUCUUCUCUGAUAAUGCCUUCAUAAAUCGCUCCUCAAUCCGUUCCACACCUUUCCGCAGCCAAAAGCAUCCCAGAUUGAAGCCGCUGAAUUCGAUCAAGGAAGAUGUUAUCGAACAAGUUCACGUUCAUGAAGAUGGCGCCAGCCUGGUGCCCCCUUUCAAUCUCACAGCAGAAGAAAGAACAGAAUGGUUGAAGAGAAAGUUCCCAGAGAUUGGGAUUUUCAAGUCAGAUGAAGUGUCAAGAAGAUUUGAUGGGAGGGUUAGGGAGUUUUACAGGAGCAGAAAGUGUAAAGUUAAGUUCUUUAUGACAUGGAUUGCCUCUGCAAAUUCGUUUGGAAGAAGGGAGUUUCUGUCACUAGAGAGUCUGUUCAAAGUUCAUAAAGAUGGGUGCUUAAUCAUACUUUCCCAGACUUUGGAUUCAGAAUAUGGAAAAAGACUUCUGGAGCCUCUAACUGGGUUUGGGGUUGUUGCAGUAAAGCCUGAUUUGCCAUUUCUGUUCAAGAAAACCCCUGCAGAAGAUUGGUAUGAUGAUCUGAGAAGUGGGAAAAAAGACCCUGGUGAAAUACCCUUAGCCCAGAACCUAUCAAACCUGAUCAGGCUAGCUGUUCUGUACAAAUAUGGAGGGGUAUAUCUUGACACAGACUUCAUAGUCAUGAAGGACUUCUCUGGGUUAAGAAACUCCAUUGGAGCACAAAGCAUUAACCUCUCUGGGAACUGGUCAAGACUGAACAAUGCAGUGCUGGUUUUCGACAAAGGGCAUCCACUGCUCCUCAAGUUCUUGGAGGAAUUUGCUGCAAAAUUUGAUGGGAACAAGUGGGGGCACAAUGGACCAUACUUGGUUUCAAGAGUGGUGAAGAAAGUCCCUUCUUCUGCUUCUUUCAACUUCACUGUGUUGCCUCCAAUGGCGUUUUACCCUGCAGAUUGGACUCGAAUUGCAGGGUUUUUUAGGCAUCCCAGGGACAGAAAGCAUGGAAGGUGGAUAGAAGCCAAGCUGGUUCAGCUAAGGGGGGAGAGUUAUGGGGUGCAUCUGUGGAAUAGGGAAAGUGGGAGAAUCAGAAUUGAGGAGGGUAGUAUUAUAGGUAGUAUUUUUUCUGGGCAUUGUAUCAUCUGCAAAGGGAUUUAUGAUUCUUGAACAGAAAAUUUCUACUGCAACUUGUGAAUUCAUUCAAACACAGAUUCAAUCUUUUUCCUAGUACAAUGUAAGAAACAUGGGAUUUUGCCUUGCAUUCAUGUUCCAUGUCAAGUCAUAAAUUAAUAAUCUCAUCCCACCAAACACCAA